CCACCGAGUAAGCAUAAAAGCUGCCUCCUCCCCCUCCCAAGUUGUACCAUAGCUGUGACAUUUCUAAUAACAACAACAGUGGCAAUGAGGUCUGCUAUGGCUCCAAAGAUCCAAGCCCCUCUUCUGGUUUGCCUGUUACUACUCAUUUCCUUGUUAUCCUCAGGCAUAGCUGAAGGCUUGAACCACAAGGUGAACCCUUACUCACUUCACAAGGAUCAUAUCCAAAUGAAUGCAAGGAAGCUUUUGGUGCAUGAUGUGCUGGAUUAUGAUUAUACAGGACCUAAUCCUAAGCAUGAUCCCAAGAAAGGAAGGUCUGGUGGUGGUGGCAGGAACCCCUGAUUCUACUGAGAUACUGCCUUUGAGCCUCAGCUAAAUAAUACCAUCCUAUAGAAGAUUUUGAUCAUGUAUGAAAAGACUCAAUUAUCUAUAUAUAUUGUAUGCACCCUGCUCACAGGAAGGGCCAUAUGGGCUAAAAUAUUCUUUGUUGUACUUUCCUGGCCUUUUUCUGAGUAUAAUAAAACCAAAGUCUAUCGUAUCUCUCUUAAAAGAACA